AUGGAAAACUUUUUCGAUAGACUGGGUGGUGUGACGGUGUUCUCCAAAAUAGACCUGAAGACAAGUUAUUGGCAAGUUCAGAUUGCAGAGGGUGAUGAAUGCAAGACGACCUCUGUGACAAGAUAUGGGUUGUACGACUUGCUGCCAAACACUGGAAGAACACCCGGAGCACUUGUGGAAGGUCCUAUCCCGAUUGCGGGAGAAGGAAUUAUAUGCGAAGCUAUCCAAGUGCUCCUUGGCUCAAAAAAAAAGAUUGACUCCCUCGAACAUGUCAUCGAGGAAGGGCGGAUCAAGAUGAACCAUCAAAAGAUUCAUGCUAUCACAGAUUGGCUGCCGCCUAAGGAUAUCCACGCCUUGAGGGCGUUCCUUGGCACAAACAACACAGUUGUUAGCCAUUUCAUGACCCAGCCGAAGCUGAAUGGUCGACAGGCGAGGUGGCAGAAACUCCUAGCGGAAUUUCACUUCAACCUGGAGUACCAAAGUGGGAAGACUAAUCAUGUUGCUGAUGCACUCAGUCGGAGAGCUGAUCUAGCAUCAGUGUGCUGA